AUGUUUUCGCCCCAAGCGUUUCCAGAAGGGCAGAUUGUCUAUAAUUUUGUGAGAAAACAGGAUAUUCGGCAUGAGGCUUUGCAUACAUAUGAGAUUUACCGGAGGACAUGGGUAGUUGUUGAGAUUCUUGAUGGGACAGUGCCAGAUUUUGAUAAAUGCAUAGAGGAAAGACUUCACAGUCUUAAAAGGAGUUAUCCUGAAGCGUUAAUUGUGCGUUUUUUUGUUUUGAAUGCACCGGAUAUGUCCGUUGCUUUUAUACCAGAAAUUGUUGCAUUGGAAGUAGGAGCAGAUACAGAUGAGGCAGUCUGGCGGUCAGUUAUUUGUGAUAUGACGCUUGAUUUACUGGAGGGAUUUUCUAUUUUUGCUCAAGAAAUAGAUCUGCGUGUCUGGAUUGACUCUCCAUGUGUUGCUGUUCAUCAAGAAAGUCUUAUUGAUGGGAUGCAUGGGGAGUUUAUGGGUUUUGGGAUUCAUGAACAGGUGCCGUUGCCUGUUAUGUCUUCGAUUCAGCAGAGUAAAAUGCAGUUGAAAGGAAGAAAAGCAAAGAUUAUUGCCGAUAUUUAUUUGCUUUCUGGCCGUGUUUUAGAUGCAUUGAAGGGGUAUACGGAUGCAGCAACAAUGGCAAAAUCAUCAAAUGAUUAUUUGUGGCAUGGUUCUGCAUUAGAGGGUAUAGGUGUUUGUCUUGUUAUUCUUUCAUUCCUCCAAAUUGAGUAUCAGAUUCCUAUGACUGUAUUGCCUUCUUCGCCUCCUCAACUUGAAAAGAUCCCUUUAUUAAAGAGUGUAUUUGCUAAGGAAAAUGAGCAUGAUUUUUCGAAGCAACAUAUUUUUGAUUUUCUUCCAGAUUUACACUUGAAUAUUAUAGAUCUUUAUCAAAAGUCAUAUAGUUGUCCAAAUGACAAGGUUCCGUCAAUAUGUUUUUCUGAGAGUAUCCUUCGUUUAUGUAAGCUUUUUUGUGUUGUGCAUUUGUCUGGUGGUUGGAAUGACAUUUCGUUACGAUCCAUUAUUUAUGAUCAAUCUUAUUCUAUUCCAGAAUCUCAUUCACCUGGUUAUCCACCAAGAGCAGAGAUUGCUUCUUGGGCAAUGCGUGCUCAUACUCCUUAUCUUAAAGAGUUAGAUGUUGUUGACAAAUGUAGAAUCUAUGGUGGUCUUGCGAGUAUUUUAGGUAUGGUGGGAUUUCGAAGAUCAAGAGCUAUGUUUUUGCGAGAAAUUGUUUCUACUCUUACGUCUGCAUUGGUAAACGCCAAAGUUGAUGGAGUUACGGAUGAUACUGUAUCUUCGAUUGUUCAAAUAGCUUUAACGAAUUAUCCUUUCUUUCAGGAACAAACUAAUCUGAAAAAUUCUACUUUUUUAGCACAUAAUCUUCUUGAUGAUCUUUGCAAUUGUUAUGGGAUUCCAGGGAUUUAUGAAAAAAGUAAUACUAGGUUUGAAAUAGAAUUAUUAGAAAAAUAUGGUUGGCCAUCUUUGAAGAUUACUAUAUUAAAAGAGUGCAUUUUGUUUUGUGAAGCAUUGCCUGAUUUUUCAGGGGUAUUGAGUUUUACCACUAAGAUGCUUAGUAUUGCGUCUACUUAUUUGUCGCGAGAUAAUCAGAUUCGUUUUGCAUCGAAUAUUCCCCGUAUUAUUUUGGCUGUUAGACGUCUUGGAUUGGAAGAACUUGAGGCAGAUUAUUGGGAUCCUAAUAUUGUACAAUCCAUUGAAUAUGUACCAGGUUCUUCUAAAUUUCUCCCAAUUCUUCAUUCUGGUUCGGAAUUAAAUAAUGUUAAUAAUGAUAAUAUGUUUUUACGAACUGAUCCAUUUAUAUAUAAUCCCUUCAUUAAGAAAAAUAAUGUUCCAAUUAAACAUGUAUUAGUACAAGGAGAUGUCGUCGAGUUUAAAGUAGUUUUGCAUAAUCCUCUUGCAUUUGAAUUGGAAUGUAUUAAUAUUUCAUUAUUUACCGAGGGUGUUAAAUUUGAAUCACAAUCAACAUCUGUAGUUAUUGGUCCUCAAAGAAUACAUAUGGUUCGGCUAUUUGGCUGUCCUAAAGAACCUGGUAAUUUUGUCGUUAAGGGAUGUAGGAUUCAUCUUUCAGGAUGUAAAGAUGAUAUUUUUUUGUUAAAUCGAGAUAUUUCUUUUUUGGAUUACGAGCAUUUAUUUUCAAAUGUUUUUUUUCAAGGGAAAACUAAGUUUAUGGGUUUUGAUGUUUAUUCUGUUAUAAAAGCGUCUGUUGCAUCGAAUCGUGUUGAAGGUUAUAUUAAGAAUUCUUUAGCUCUACCUAUGACUGUAGAGCAAAGUUUUGAAGUUUUACCUGCUCAACCUGUUUUAAUAGUUACAAAAACAUCUCUUGUAAAUGGAUCUAUUAUGUUAUUAGAAGGAGAAAUGCGUACAUUUACUAUAACUAUAAAAAAUGUUUCAGAUAUUACUAUAAAUUUUCUCCUUCUUUCUUUUAUGGACUCAACAAUUGGUCCUUUGAAAGAUGCAUUGGUUUGCAAAGAUAUUUCUUCUGAAGAAAUAUAUGAGUUAGAAUUAUUUCUUUAUGAAAGAGAGGCUUUUGUAUGGAAAAAAAGUUUUGAUCAAUUUUCUUUAAGCCCUGGUUGCGAGGAAACUUUGGAAAUUCGUGUUUUAGGAAAAAGAGGGCUUACUGAUGGUAAAAUCCAGAUAGAUUAUGGAAAUAUUGAAGGAGAUGCUUCUUCUCUUGAGAAAUUUUAUACUCGACGGGUUGUUAUACCUGUUAUUGUCACUGUAAAUGGUUCUGUAGAACUUGUAAAUUGUGAUAUUAUUAAUUAUGUCAAUGAUAAUAAAGAGAAGGAAAAUUCACUUGAUAGAUCUGAAGAAAUGUGUAGUUUAUUUCAAUACGUUGAAGCGCAUGAAUGUGAAGGAGUAGAAUAUUGUUUAGCUCUUUUGGAUUUUCGGAAUAUUUGGCCAAAGCCAUUAUCCGUAUGUUUUAAUGUUCAAAAUAAAGGUAAUUAUGAUGAACCUUUUAAAAUUGAAAAGAUUAUUUGCCCGGGAGAAACAAAUAGAUUUGUUCUUCCUUUGAAAAGAAUAUACAUUUCUCGAGAGGAUUUUUUAAAGCCUAUUUCUACUUUUUCUUCCCGACAAUUUGUUGUUCCUAAUAUAAAGAUGGACUCUGAUAUGCAAGAUUGCCAGCAAAGGAAAAUAUAUUGGCUACGUGAAGCAUUGUUUAAGAUUAUUUCUGGGACAUGGACAUAUCCAGGAACUGAUAGAAAAGGUUUUAUUGAAUUGCGUGGUUUACGCAUGACAUCAAAAAUGGUUUACUGUUUGAAAGUUGAGGAUAUUAGUGUUGUUCUUGAAGUAUCGGGAAAUGUAAGAAAGGUUCAAAGAUUUAUGUGGCUUGUUAACUUAUAUGAAUUUGUAACUUUUACGUUAAAAGUUGUCAAUAGAAAAGGACAUCCUAUAAGAGUAUUUGCUCGAAUUCAGCCCUUUUUGCGUUAUCAGAAUCAGACAUUUAUAGACAUAUCGCAUUGUGUUGUUUUUAAUGGUGUAAUGCAGACAGCUCUUCCACGGAUUGACCCUUAUCACUCUCAUGAAGAAAAAUAUACCGCAGUUUUUAUGAGUCGAGGUGAAUAUGAAAUUGUUGCGUCUAUACAAGAAUUACAUGGUCCUGAUGAAGGGCAUGUAUAUGCCUCUAGAAGUUAUUCCAUUGUUAAAUGUGUUGAUGACAUAGAAGGAUGUGAUUGA